AUUUUCUAUGUCAAUUUCAAUUCAAUCCUCUUUUUGUUAUUAAGGUUUUCCCUCCACACUCUAUCACUAAUCACUCUUCACACUCUACCACCCCCUCACCCAUCAUUCAAUUUAAAUUCAACAUUGUGCCACCUGCUUCAGACUGCACUUCACCAAACCACCAAUUCUCAGAUCAACAUAACCGGUUUGAUUGCUAUGGAUCUGAAUUCGCAGCAAAGAGCAUUUUCAAUCAAAUUAUGGCCUCCUAGUCAGAACACUAGACAGACACUUGUGGAGAAGGUGACCAACAAUCUUACUACGAAAUCUAUUUUCACGCAUAAGUAUGGAACUCUGGACAGGGAAGAGGCUGAAAAAAAUGCAAAAAGAAUUGAGGACGCGGCUUUUGCCACAGCAAAUCUACAUUAUGAGAAAGAGCCAGAUGGUGAUGGAGGUUCCGCGGUUCAGCUUUAUGCCAAAGAAUGUAGUAUGCUCCUGCUAGAAGUGCUUAAAAGAGGACUUAGUAAAAACAGUGACAAAGAAGUGGUGAUGUCUGAUGAUACUGCUGUCCCUCGUGAAACUGUUUUUGAUAUUUCUAAAGGCCAAAGGGCUUUCGUUGAAGUAGAAGAGGCUCACGAACUUUUGAGUCCAUUAAAGGAGCCAGGAAAUUCUUUCACUAAAAUAUGCUUCAGCAACAGAAGUUUUGGAUUAGGAGCAGCUAAAGUUGCCCGGCCGAUUCUUACUUCCCUCAAGGACCAGUUGAAAGAAGUAGACCUAUCGGAUUUUAUUGCUGGAAGACCAGAAGAAGAAGCACUUGAUGUCAUGAGGAUAUUCUCAUCUGCUCUAGAGGGAAGUGUCUUGAAGUAUUUAAAUCUCUCUGACAAUGCUUUAGGUGAGAAAGGUGUUAGAGCAUUUGGAGCUCUCUUGAAAUCACAAGCCUGCUUAGAGGAGCUUUAUCUUAUGAAUGACGGAAUCUCAGAAGAAGCUGCUCAAGCUGUUGGUGAGUUGAUUCCUUCCACGGAGAAGCUUAAGGUUCUUCAUUUUCAUAAUAAUAUGACCGGAGAUGAAGGAGCACUUGCUAUAGCCGAGGUUGUGAAGCGUUCACCUUCCUUGGAGGAUUUUCGUUGUUCCUCCACAAGGAUAGGCGAUGAAGGUGGAGUUGCCUUAUCUGACGCUUUAGGGAAUUGCACCCAUUUGAGGAAGCUUGAUUUGCGAGACAACAUGUUAAGCGUAGAGGGUGGGAUUUCUCUGAGCAAAGCUCUUGCAAAGCAUGCAGAGUUAAGAGAGAUAUACCUGAGCUACCUGAACUUGGAAGAUGAAGGAGCAAUUGCUAUAGCUAAUGCUCUUAAGGAAUCAGCUCCUCACCUUGAAGUUCUCGAGAUGAGUGGAAAUGAAAUUACGGUCAAUGCUGCUCCUGCUAUAGCAGACUGCAUAGCUUCAAAACAGUUUCUUGCCAAGUUGAACCUCUCUGAGAAUGAACUCAAGGAUGAAGGUGCAAUCCAGUUAAGUAAGGCUUUAGAAAGCCUUGCCCAGUUAAAGGAAAUCGAUCUAAGUAGCAACGAAAUAAGCAGAGCCGGGGCUCAACAAUUGGCUCUCACAGUGGUGCAGAAGGCUGAUUUUAAACUUCUGAACAUUAACGGAAAUGUCAUUUCUGAUGAAGGCGUUGACGAGUUGACAGAUAUAUUUAAAAACUCUCCAGACAUGCUUGGUCCAUUAGAUGAAAACGACCUUGAUGGAAAAGACGGCGAUGAAGAAUCUGAUGGAGAUGGCAGUGCGGAGGAUGAACUGGAAUCAUGUUAGAUAAUAUUAUUAUAUAUUAGUAGUAA